GGGCUUUGGGAUCUGGGUAGCUUCUGUCAGGAGGUGCCCCAGGGCUGCGGCGAGGCGGCCAGGUCGUCGCGUGAAAGGGGUCUGGGCCCUUGUGAGACCCCGGCGCGCAUUCCGAGGCGAGCCUAGAGUUCUUUGCGGGGGGUGCACCUUUGCCAAGGGCGGUCAGGGUGGGGAGGACUCUUGCCGCCGGAGCGAAUGAAGACUCCCAGAGCUAGCGUGCCUUUGUACCGCAGUCUGGCUGCGCCAUCUCUGUUUCCCACGUUGCAGGGCUCCGCCAUCUUAACCACUAAUCUUGGGCGGGCUAGGAGGGCUGGGGAGCGCGUGUGACUCUUGAGUUUUUCUUAGGUUUUCCACCCCUGUGUUAGCUACAUUUGUUUUCCUUAGACAGUCGCUGUUUUUUCGAUUGCACAUGGCUGGCAUUUUGUACAGCCUACCACAAAGUUUAUUGGGGGAGGAUUUCUAAGGAAUGAGGCGGAGCAGAGUCUCGAAAUGAAUUACUGGUUUGUUUCUGAGAACCAUGUAGGUGUGGUUUUAGGAGUAAGCAAGUGGGGCCUUUGUUUACCCUCACGAAUCAUUCUGACACGGCCCGUCCAGGUAUCAGGAGUUUUGUGUUCACUCCAAGCAUCAUUCUCGUGAGGCGUAACUUUUGGGCUCAUUGGUCCUUGGGGUCUUGGACAUCCAUUGGUUUCCUGAUUCCGGAGAAGACCCAGCCCCGUGGCAGGUGGCUGAUCAUCUGUCUCCCCACCAGGAUCCACCAAAAAUCCUCUCUGAGUUUUUUCUCCCUUUGGGCAACCACCUGGAAAAUCAUUGACUUGAUCCUAACAGUGGCCGCCCCACAAGUGAAAGGAUUUUUCUCCUCACUCACUGGUGCGCCCUCUGUCGCUGUUGUCCGAUGUAUUUCUGCUUCACUUUUUAUCAUUAAAAUCCUCAGGCUGGUGGGAAUGCCACCAAAGUUUAAGUUGUAACGUUUUGCCAUGUUUGCUUUCCUUGGGUUUUGAAGGCACGUUUUUAAUUUUAUCGAAAAUAGUUAACACUUUAUAUUGUAUUUGUGGUUUCAAAGUCGUCUCCAAAAUGUCUUCCUCAGCGGAUUUAUUCCAGAAUGGUUGCAGUAAAGGGUCUCUGGUCAUUGCAUAUGCUGCUUAUAUCUUAGGGGUUUUUGGGUUUUUUUGUUUUUUGUUUUUUGUGUUUUUUUCCUAGAAUAGCUCCCUCCUUUAUCUCCCAAUAGGUUCUUCCAAGGGAUGGAUGUGUACCCUAGCAGCUUUCAUUGCUUCAGGUGUAUCUUCAAGCUGAAGGACCACCCACUACGACCUCAUCUUGGUGGUUCCUCCAGGAAUCAAACAGCCACACCAUCCCUGUGCUUGGUCCUGCGGCGGCACCCCUCCGGGCUUCCUGCUGUUACCUGCAGGGGACAGCUGUGACCAUGGCUGAGAGAGCACUGGCACUCACCCAGAUAAGGCGGGGGGACCGUUACUACACGUACACCGAGCUCCUGGCCAUCUCACGGCGCUUCAAGCAGAACCCUAAUGAGCUCAUGAUCACCUGGAUCCUGCGUGUGUAUGACCAGGGGGGCCCGGCCCUGUCCCUGAAUUCUGGAGAGCUGGCCCUGCUGGGCGACCUGACCAGCGAUGCCAUCUUCAACUAUCGCUGUAAGACCCUGCGGGGUGGCUGCAAGUCACUGCUCACCUGGCUGCUGCUGGCCUGGCGCCAGCGCUGGGAAUCCUUCUUGCACUUCGAGGCUACCGAGCUGCCCUUUAGACCCUGGACCACCAUGGAGGAGGGCAUCCAGCUGGUACGUGAGCUGGGCAUGCUGGACUGGAUCUACCGCGAGCCAUCCUCACCUCCCGCAGGCGAGCAGGGGCUAAGGCCCGCACCUGAGGACGUGCCCUUCACGCAGGGCCUCCAGCGGCGCCUGCUAACGGCCGCACCGUCGGAGCUGCGGCUCUCGCUCGUCAGCCUGCUGGUCAAGGGCAUGACGGUGCUGGAAGCGGUGAUGGAGAUCCAGACCAUCGCCGACGUGGGCCUGCUCUGGCGUCAGAGCCAGCCAGGCCGUGCCAAGCUCAUGUUGGGGCCCAACCCGACACGCAAAGACCUCAUGGGCUGGCUGCUGAGCCAUGGCGUGCCCAAGGAGAGGGUGGACAAGCAGCCCACCAAGGUGCUCCUGGAGCUGUACAUCAAAGAGGCCAAGCGUAGCCGCAGCCACCCAGCCUAUAUGCUGGGGGACGAGCAGCCCCCACCUCCCCCCUAUUCAGACCAGGCCUGUGGGGAGGAGCCGCCUGUGCCUGUGCACCAUGACUAGGCCUCCCGGCCAGGUUUUCAAUGGGACUCCGUGGCAGAGGGAGGCUGGAUUCCAGGGGAAACACACUCUGGCUCCACCUACCCACCACAAGCCCGCCCCCCCGCCCCCAACGUCAUAGACUGAGGGAUGGCCCGUCUGCCUGUUCUCCAGCUUCCCCACAGCAGGCCGCACUGUUACUGUAUUUGAGGUUCCCAGAAGAGGGGACUGCCCUUGCCCCCAGCCACCCCACAGGUGUCACCAGCCAGAGCAGUGGAGGCAGGUGAGCCAGCCAGUGGCCCUAGGUGCCUCUUUCCCCUGGGGCAUGACCUGUUCCUUUUUAUCCGUUACAUUUCAGCCCGAUUGGCACAGUGGGUGGGCAGGCACCCACCCCUUGGCCACAUGGGCCCCCUAAGCACUACAGGCCAAGUGGGGAGACCCCACGGCCCAUUGAUGUGAAAGCACCUUGAAGUUUGUACCUUUUUUAAGGUAUUUUUAAAUGCAGUGUUUUUACCUAAUGAUUUAAAGCAUGUACAUUUUGAUUUUAGGGAUGCUCCUUUCUCUUGGAAUGUUUUUUCCCCUUAAGACUUUUUUAUUACUGUUUUGCAAUUCCUUUCCCAUUUAAAGUGGACCUCUGCUGUUUGCUCACCUGGAGAAGCAGCUGCCAGUCCCAUUAGGCAGAUGUAUGACCUCUGGCCAGUGUUGGUCACAUCUGGAUUAAAGAUGUUGGGGCCAAGAAUCACAGCUUUGUGACGACAGCCAGCCACCCUGGCAGGCCACACUGGGCACAUGGGACUCAUUAAAUAGCGUGAGCAUU